GGCCAGUCCCGGGGAAGCCGCGCGCCUGCUCGCGUCUCGUCCGUCGCGCUCCUAGCCAGGGCACAGCCGCGACCGAGGAUGGCUUCAACCACCACCUGCACCAGGUUCACGGACGAGUAUCAGCUUUUCGAGGAGCUCGGAAAGGGGGCAUUCUCAGUGGUGAGAAGAUGUAUGAAAAUCCCUACUGGACAAGAAUAUGCUGCCAAAAUUAUCAACACCAAAAAGCUUUCUGCUAGGGAUCAUCAGAAACUGGAAAGGGAAGCUAGAAUUUGCCGUCUUUUGAAGCACCCCAAUAUUGUGAGACUUCAUGACAGCAUAUCAGAAGAGGGCUUUCACUACUUGGUGUUUGAUUUAGUUACUGGAGGUGAACUCUUUGAAGACAUAGUGGCAAGAGAAUAUUACAGUGAAGCAGACGCCAGUCAUUGUAUACAGCAGAUUCUAGAAAGUGUAAAUCAUUGUCACCUAAAUGGCAUAGUUCACAGGGACCUGAAGCCUGAGAAUUUGCUUUUAGCUAGCAAAUCCAAGGGAGCAGCUGUGAAACUGGCAGACUUUGGCUUAGCCAUAGAAGUACAAGGAGACCAGCAGGCAUGGUUUGGUUUUGCUGGGACACCUGGAUAUCUUUCUCCAGAAGUUUUACGUAAAGAUCCUUAUGGAAAGCCAGUGGAUAUGUGGGCAUGUGGUGUCAUUCUCUACAUUCUACUGGUAGGAUAUCCACCCUUCUGGGAUGAAGACCAGCACAGACUCUAUCAGCAAAUCAAGGCUGGAGCUUAUGAUUUUCCAUCACCAGAAUGGGACACAGUAACCCCUGAAGCCAAAGAUCUCAUCAAUAAAAUGCUUACUAUCAACCCUGCCAAACGCAUUACAGCCUCGGAGGCACUGAAACAUCCAUGGAUCAGUCACCGUGCUACUGUGGCUUCCAUGAUGCACAGACAGGAGACUGUAGACUGCUUGAAGAAAUUCAAUGCUAGAAGAAAACUAAAGGGUGCCAUCUUGACAACCAUGCUGGCUACAAGGAAUUUUUCAGCAGCCAAGAGUUUGUUGAAGAAACCAGAUGGAGUAAAGAAAAGGAAGUCCAGUUCGAGUGUUCAGAUGAUGAUAAACAACAAAGCCAACGUGGUAACCAGCCCCAAAGAAAAUAUUCCUACCCCGGCGCUGGAGCCCCAAACUACUGUAAUCCACAACCCUGAUGGAAACAAGGAAUCAACUGAGAGUUCAAAUACAACAAUUGAAGAUGAAGAUGUAAAAGCACGAAAGCAAGAGAUUAUCAAGGUCACUGAACAGCUGAUUGAAGCUAUCAACAAUGGGGAUUUUGAGGCUUACACAAAAAUCUGUGACCCAGGUCUUACUGCAUUUGAACCUGAAGCUUUGGGUAAUUUAGUGGAAGGGAUGGACUUUCACCGAUUCUACUUUGAAAAUGCUUUGUCAAAAAGCAAUAAACCAAUCCACACUAUUAUCCUGAACCCUCAUGUCCAUCUGGUAGGGGAGGAUGCUGCCUGCAUAGCAUACAUUAGGCUCACACAGUACAUGGAUGGCAGUGGCAUGCCAAAGACAAUGCAGUCAGAAGAGACCCGUGUAUGGCAUCGCCGGGAUGGCAAGUGGCAGAAUGUUCAUUUUCAUCGCUCAGGCUCGCCAACAGUACCCAUCAAGCCACCUUGUAUUCCAAAUGGGAAAGAAAACUACUCAGGAGGCACCUCUUUGUGGCAAAACAUCUAAGACCUGAAAACCAUUCACAUGUGGGUCUUUUAAGUAUCAACAGUGCCACUUCUACAUUCUCUGUUCUCAAGGCACCUGGAUGGUAACCCUGGGCCGUCCUCUCCUCCUCUUCAUGCAUGUUUCUGAGUGCAUGAAGUUGUGAAGGUCCUACAUAUAAUGCAUACGUGAUGCAUCCUGUUAUCAUAUAUUCCUUCCUAUACAUUGUUUACAUUUCAAUGACGGGGAUGUUCCAUGCAAAUAUAGAUCACUGUUGGCAAACAAUAGGGGGAGGUCAGACAACAAAUUCCACAAUAUUCCAAGUACAACCUGUUCAUCAAGUUUCUCUGUUUAUGCCAAGAUUUAACAGACUUAAAAUAUUAUUGUUCUCUGAAUGACAGUCUGUAAGUGAAAUGUAAAUUUUUAGAACGCUUUGCUGUUAAUCUCUUUUGGUUUGUUUGGUUUUCGUUGGUUUAUUUUUUUUUUAAAACAAAAGAUAUAUACCUUCAGUUUCCUUGUGUGAUCCUGCUUGAAAUGAAUGAUUUUUCACUGAAAGAUUUGCUGUUUAACAGUUAAAGUGUGUUGGUAUGUGUACAAAAGCACUUAUGAAUGUAGAGCAAGAACUGAUUGAUGUGCUGCCAUCUAAAGCCAAGGUGAUUUGGUCAAACCAUUUAAACUGGAAAAAUUCACAUCAUUUACAAGUUUGAUCACUUUUAGGCUAUACUCACACUGUUCUAAUGAAUUAGCUUAAUUGAAAUGUUUUUCCCCUUCUUUCAGCUCUGCUGUUUUCCUCACUGUAUCCUCUCUGUUGCUUUUUAAGUUUUCUUUUGUUUUAUCAUUCUUUAUUUUUCUUCCUUUACUGGCUAGUGGUGUUAAGAAAAUAAUAAAACUGAAAUCUAUUUAACAAGAAUACAAUAAAAAAUAAGGCCUUUUGAAGGUAAUCUAUCACUUUUGUCAUCUUCAGGGCUUGAAAACAUUUUGUAAAGAAGAUUUUAAAGGUGUUUAUUCCAGAAUGGGCAGUAGUUUGGACUUAGAUAUCCUCACUACGUUGGAGGAACCCAAUUCUUAAAACCUGUGAUAGAAUCGAAUAAGUCCCUGUUUUCACUGCAGCAUGUCUUAUGACUGGGGCAAUUGUAAAGUACCAAGGAAAUAGCGGAUCAGCGUUUUGUGCAGAUGCGUGCGCGUAUUUCUGCCUUGUGGAAUGCUAAGGCCUCUCCUGCUUCAUCACUAGCUCCUUUUCUAAAGUUAGGGAGGAUGUCACAGACGUUUGCCAUUCUUUUAUGUGUUCUGAACUUGACCUUUGUGAACCUGUGCUUUCUUAGCUUCUCUCUGAGUCUGAGUAUCAUUACUUUCCUCCAUGGAGCUAGGAUUUUCAGGUUUAAAACAAAAAGAAAAGGGAAACAUCCUGGGUUUUCCUUGUGCUUCUCAUUUCACCUUUGUUGACUCAAUUCCCAUGAGGGUUUCUCUCUUCCCUGCAAUGCGUUAUAGUGCAUGGAAUUUCCAUGGACGUUAUUUUAAGGUUAGUUAUUCAUGGUUGUCAGAAGCCUAUUUUUAAAGCAGAAGAAAAAAAAAAAAAAACCUCCUUCUUUUCUCUAAUUUCACCUUUCUUUGUUGAUUACUAAUCACCUUAGAUGUUGUUGCUAGUGGAUGUAUGGUAGAUGGAUUGAAGCUUUUCUGAUAAUUAUUACACGAUUUAAGACAAUAUAUAUUUAAAAUAAAUAUAUACAGUAAAUGUAUUGAGCCAUGUUAACCUGCCAAUGAGAUCUGUGAAAAAGUAAUGGCCUCAUUUUUCCAUUUUUAAUUUCUUUUACCUUUUUGUGAAGCGGCUAUAUGUGGCAUACAUGUAUUUAAAAAAAAAAUAGGUGUAGAGUGGUUUUUUUUUUUUUACACUUUUAACUUAGCAUGAGGUGUUGAACUAUUACCAUAGAUCAAGUUUGUCUUCCACACUAAGAUGUGAGGAAAUUGUGAUUUAUUCUCUCCGCCACAAUUGAAUUACACAUUUAUGAUCUAAUAUCAUUUUGAAACACUGCAGUUUACCAUGGGACACUGUAUAUAUUUCUUGCCAUAAUGGUAAAUGAUUGAUUGAUAUAUUUAAGAGUUAAUAAAUUUGUGAUUUCUGCUGACAA